ACCCCACAGCUGAAACUAAAAUUGGGGGCAAAACCCAAACCUAGGUUAUUUGAGCUUUUUCUACGCGUUAGCAAUAGCAAUUCCCGGAUACUAUUCCCUCCGACGCAAUUGAGAUAAGAGCAGUAUGGCGGCGGCGGUGCAGAGAGGAGGCGGGGGCCGGCGGGUGAUGGAGGAGGAGGAUGGUAAGCUCGUAUUUGAGACGUCGAAAGGCGUGGAGCCUAUAUCGAGCUUCGACGAGAUGGGCAUAAAGGAUGAUCUCCUUAGAGGAAUAUACAACUACGGAUUCGAGAAGCCUUCCGCCAUUCAGCAGCGUGCGGUUCUUCCGAUUAUCUCUGGACGUGAUGUAAUUGCUCAGGCGCAAUCUGGUACGGGCAAGACUUCUAUGAUUGCCCUCGCUGUUUGCCAGAUUGUCGACACCAAGUCCUCUGAGGUCCAAGCCUUGAUUCUGUCACCUACAAGAGAGUUGGCUGCCCAAACAGAAAAAGUAAUACUGGCAAUUGGUGACUAUAUAAAUGUACAAGCUCAUGCUUGCAUUGGAGGCAAAAGUGUGGGCGAGGAUAUAAGAAAACUAGAGCAUGGAGUUCAUGUGGUGUCCGGCACUCCUGGCAGAGUUUGCGACAUGAUCAAGAGAAGAACUUUACGAACUAGAGCAAUCAAAUUAUUAAUUCUGGAUGAAUCAGAUGAAAUGCUGAGCAGAGGCUUUAAGGAUCAGAUAUAUGACGUUUACAGAUAUCUUCCACCUGAGCUGCAGGUUGUCCUAAUCUCUGCCACCCUUCCAAAUGAAAUAUUGGAGAUGACAAGUAAGUUCAUGACCGAUCCAGUUAGGAUCCUUGUAAAGCGUGAUGAAUUGACACUGGAGGGAAUCAAACAAUUCUUUGUCGCAGUGGAGAGAGAAGAAUGGAAAUUUGAUACUUUAUGUGAUUUAUAUGAUACCCUUACCAUCACCCAGGCUGUUAUCUUCUGUAACACAAAGCGAAAGGUCGAUUGGUUGACAGCAAAAAUGCGCGAGAAUAAUUUUACUGUCUCAUCUAUGCACGGAGAUAUGCCACAGAAGGAACGGGAUGCCAUUAUGGGAGAAUUUCGAUCUGGGCAGACUAGAGUUCUUAUCACAACAGAUGUUUGGGCCAGGGGACUGGACGUUCAACAGGUUUCCCUAGUGAUCAAUUAUGAUCUUCCUAACAACCGAGAGCUUUACAUUCAUCGCAUUGGACGGUCCGGGCGUUUUGGGAGAAAGGGUGUUGCCAUAAAUUUUGUGAAGAAUGAUGACAUCAAAAUCCUCAGAGAUAUCGAGCAAUACUACAGUACACAGAUCGAUGAAAUGCCAAUGAAUGUGGCUGAUUUAAUAUAGCUUCUGAUUCCUGCAUAUAACAGUUGAACUUUUGCAAUCAGUGAAAGCAAAUGCUGUAUGUAACUGUAGUUGAAGAUUUUGGACUGCUGAUUAGUUUAGCCCUUUUGUCCCCUUUACGGUGAGAAACAGUUGGUGUAAUGCUGGAUUGCUGGUGUUUCAUUUCAGCGUGGUGUGGUUUUGACUUGACCUGACGGGGUUAUUGUACUAUAUAUGAAACUUAAUACUUAUUGGUGUAAUUUGAAGCAACACUUUUGUUGAUAACGCUUGUUUUCGGCUUCA